AUGAACCCAGAAUAUGACUACCUCUUCAAAUUACUCCUGAUUGGAGACUCAGGUGUUGGAAAGUCGUGCCUGUUGCUUCGAUUUGCAGACGACACCUAUACCGAGUCCUACAUUUCGACAAUUGGAGUUGACUUCAAAAUUCGUACCAUUGACUUGGAUGGGAAAACAAUCAAACUCCAGAUCUGGGAUACCGCCGGUCAAGAGCGUUUCCGCACGAUCACUUCAUCUUACUACCGCGGUGCACACGGUAUUAUUGUGGUCUAUGACGUGACGGACAAUGAGUCCUUCAACAAUGUAAAGCAGUGGCUUCAUGAAAUUGAUAGAUACGCAGCGGAGAACGUCAACAAGCUGUUGGUCGGUAACAAAUCCGAUUUGACUGGAAAGCGCGUGGUUUCCACCGAACAAGGAAAGGAAUUCGCGGACAGUCUCGGCAUUGAAUUUCUCGAAACAUCAGCCAAAACCUCUAGCAAUGUCGAACAAGCCUUCCUUACCAUGGCCAGCCAGAUCAAGGCGCGAAUGAAGACUCAACCCACCGCAGGCGGAGCACAAGGUGGCAAGGGUCCAGUCUCCCUCAGGAGCCAGGCCGUCAAGCAAAACCAGGGAUGCUGCUAA